CUCCAUAUAUAUGGUAGGAGAGAUAUUAAAUGAAUCAACUCUCUCUAUCUCUCUCUCUCUGUAAGAAAAACGGACAAAAAUGGUCAAACAAAUCUCAUUGUUUUGGCUCAUCUUUGUCUUCUCCUCCCUAACAUUCUCACAUGCUAGAUCUCUCUCUCUUACCUUGCUGCAGCCCCAUGGUCCGAAAUCCUUCAAUCCCAAAAAUAUUCAGGCUGCAAAGAGCUGUCCAUACACUCUUGUUAUAAAGACCAGCUGCACCUCUACAACUUACACCAGAGACAAAAUCAGUCUAGCUUUUGGUGAUUCCUACGGCAACGAGGUCUAUAUGAAGAGGCUUGACGAUCCAUCUUCAGGAACAUUUGAGAGGUGUUCAACAGAUACAUUCCAGAUAAAUGGACCAUGUGUUUAUGAUAUCUGCUAUCUAUACAUGCUUAGAACAGGAUAUGAUGGCUGGAAACCUCAGAGCGUGAAGAUCUACGGUCCAUACACCAAGACUGUUAAAUUCAACUACAACAAAUUCCUUCCGAAUGGGGUUUGGUAUGGGUUUAAUGUCUGUGUUCGUGCAUCUCUGUCAACGGCAAUUAUGUAGACGACAAUAUGAUCAUGAUGAUGAUUGUUGUUGUGUUUUGUUAAACAUAUUAUGAUAAUAACUACUAAUGGGCUUGUCAUAUAGUUGAGGAUUGACCUCGUUACCAAGACCUUGUUGAUCAUGGUUAUUCUUGAGGGUUUAUUUUCAUGUAAUCCUCUAAUAAAAGCACCGAGAGCCUAUUCUUUAGUAAAUUGAAGAAAUUCAUUUAAUUAUA